GAUCACACCUAGCAGUUCUCGCUUGGGACAGGGACCCUCGGGGAUGCCGGCGAUUGAACCUGAGUCACCAGGCGCCCUGCCCGACGUGCAGUCGCUGUGGUCCGGCCUCGGGUCCCUGAGGGCCAUGCGAUUAUGGCGCCUCCGGCGUCCACCAUCAAGCCCACGCCGGAUCCAGAACCAGAAUGUCAUCCACCGGCUGGAGCGCCGGCGCAUCAGCUCGGGCCGGGCAGGCUCCCACUGGCACCAGGUUCGGGUGCUGCACCAGAACGUGUUCCCCAACUUCACGGUGGUGAACGUGGAGAAGCCACCCUGCUUCCUGCGCAAGUUCUCCCCAGAUGGCCGCUACUUCAUCGCCUUCUCCUCGGACCAGACGUCGCUGGAAAUCUAUGAGUACCAGGGCUGCCAGGCGGCCGAGGACCUGCUACAAGGCUACUCGGGUGAGACACUAGCUAACGGUGGCGGCGGUGGUGGCGGAGACCCACGGGCAGCGGGCGUGCGGGGUCGCCUCUUUGAACGAUUCUUUGCACUGCUGCACAUCACCAGCGUCGCGGCCCACGGCGAGCACCUGAACCGCGAGUGCAGCCUCUUCACCGACGACUGUCGCUGCGUGAUCGUGGGCUCUGCCGCCUACCUGCCCGACGAGCCACACCCACCCUUCCACGAGGUCUACCGCAACAGCGAGUCGGUCACCCCCAACCCACGGUCUCCCCUUGAGGACUACUCGUUACACAUCGUGGACCUGCACUCUGGCCGCCUGUGCGACACGCGCACCUUCAAGUGUGAUAAGGUGGUGCUGUCACACAACCAGGGCCUCUACCUGUACAAGAACAUGCUGGCCAUCCUGUCGGUGCAGCAGCAGACCAUCCACGUCUUCCAGGUCACUCCCGAAGGCACCUUCAUGGACGUGCGCACCAUCGGCCGCUUCUGCCACGAGGACGACCUGCUGACCGUCUCGGCCGUCUUCCCCGAGGCCCAACGCGAUGGGCCUGCGGGCACGGCCAGCCUCCGCGACCCCUUCAUCAACUCCCUGAAGCACCGGCUGCUCGUCUACCUGUGGCGCCGGGCCGAGCAGGACGGCAGCGCCGUGGCCAAGCGCCGCUUCUUCCAGUACUUUGACCAGCUGCGGCAGCUGCGCAUGUGGAAGAUGCAGCUGCUGGACGAAAACCACCUGUUCAUCAAGUACACGAGCGAGGAUGUGGUCACGCUGCGUGUCACUGACCCUUCCCAGGCCUCCUUUUUCGUGCUGUAUAACAUGGUGACGACUGAGGUGGUGGCCGUGUUUGAGAACACGUCGGACGAGCUCCUGGAGCUUUUCGAGAACUUCUGUGACCUCUUCCGAAAUGCCACUCUGCACAGCGAUGUGCAGUUCCCCUGCUCCGCCUCCAGCAAUAACUUCGCGCGGCAGAUCCAGCGCCGGUUCAAGGACACCAUCGUGAAUGCGAAGUAUGGAGGCCACACAGAGGCCGUGCGCCGCCUCCUGGGUCAGCUGCCUAUCAGUGCCCAGUCAUACAGUGGCAGCCCCUACCUCGACCUGUCUCUCUUCAGCUACGAUGAUAAGUGGGUGUCGGUCAUGGAGCGGCCCAAGACGUGUGGGGACCACCCCAUCAGGUUCUAUGCCCGGGACUCAGGGCUGCUCAAGUUUGAGAUCCAGGCGGGCUUGCUUGGCCGACCGGUGAGCCACACGGUGCGGCGCCUCGUGGCUUUCACCUUUCACCCGUUCGAGCCCUUUGCCAUCUCUGUGCAGCGGACUAACGCCGAGUAUGUCGUCAACUUCCACAUGCGCCACUGCUGCACAUAGGGGCCUGCACCCCAGAACCCCUCUCCUAGGAGUCUUGGCUGAGGCCAGGUCUCCCUGUGUGCUCAGGACUGCGGCCUCUCUGUCCUGGCAGCCUGGUCAGUGGCCUGGAGCAGGCAACCCAUGGACUCACUCCUGACGCCUCGCCCGGCCAUUUCCAGGAAGGAGUAAAGC